GCACUGCAUUAAAACAGCAACUCGAGACUCGAGGCAGUCCGUAGUAGGCAUCGACGAGCCGAGACUGCUGUAGGCUUCGCUUUAAGCACGUACGCGUUUUCGUCUUCCCGAUUUGUUUGUUUGUUUCUCUUGUCGAUUGUUGAUCAUUUUUCGUACUCCGUAUUCCGAACGAAAAGGCUCGCGGUUAAAAAGACAAAAACGAGCAAACUGGCGCCCACGCUCAUGGCUCCGCGCCGAGCUACCGGGAUGGAGAGCGUCGUUGGUUUCGAAAGACCGGGUUACACGAUGUGUUGUGUACCUACCGGGGACUGUUUAAGGGCUCAGCAGAGACUCGGAUCUAAUCAUGGAGAAGAUCCCAUGUUGAUCGCCCUCGAUGAUCUGCGUGAUACCGUCAGGGUAACAUGCAAUAAUGAAUUGUGCACAUCAGGCAGAUAUAUGCAUCGCGAAUGUUUUGAUCAGUGGGAGCAAACCGUCUUAUCGUAUCUUAAAACAUGCGGACGUGCGCGAUCUUGGUCUGAACGGCAACGUCAUCAAAACUUAUGGACGAAAAAAGGAUAUGACUUGGCUUACAAAGCAUGUGGAUGCAAAUGUGGUCGCGGUCAUUUAAAGAAAGAUCUCGACUGGAUGCCUCCACCCCCUACCGCGAACAUCUUUGGUCGUAUUGAAGAAAUAGAUACCACGGGUGCGAAAAAGAAGAAACGUCGCAACCGUAAUAACUCGCGGCCUUCAUUAACAAUUGGUCCCGUUGGACCAAUCGCAGACGGUCGAAAUAGAGCCGGAAGUCUUUCGUGUUCGAGUUCUGGAAGUAGCUCUCCACCAGCUUCCAGUUCUGAACCUAGUGUAUCACCGGUACAUGGAGCUUAUUCAAAGAAGAAAACUAGGGUUGACUUACCUGAAAGAAUAAGGGUGGCUGGAGGUGCCAACGGAAUUUUCACUCGUCGCUUAGACUUCAGUUCGUUCAACUCACUCCCGAAGAACAAAUUGAAUUCCUAUCAAAUUAAGACCGAAGACGAGGGAAAUCACGGAAACGAUGACACCCGAUGUUUCAUUUUAUCCACUUUGGCAUCUCAAGGCCGUUCUAAGGUCCAUUGCAUUCUUUGCGAGGAGCAACUCUUAGUUUUUGACAGAUAUCCUUUAGUUGAUGGAACGUUUUUUCUUAGUCCAAGGCAACACGCCAAGUCCUGCAUCGAAGUGAAAGUUGAGGGCCGCACCCAAUUUUUGACAGUCGUAUGUAUGGCCUGUCUGGAAGGAGUCAAUGGCCGACAAAUCGUGUGUCGGUUUUGCAACCAAAAAUGGGAUGGGUCAUCGCUUAUUUUAGGCAGCAUGUAUUCUUAUGACAUCUUUGCGGCCAUGCCCUGCUGCACUGAACGGAUUAAAUGCAAUUCUUGCUAUAAACCAGUGCUCCAUCCUGCACAACGGUUGAACUUCUUCAGCGACUACAGUCACAUGGUACCAUGUCCCCAUUGCCGCACUCUUGACACCCAUUUUGUGAAGCCACUGGGAUUCUGCUAUACUCGCCAGCAGAUGUCGCGGUCAUCGAUUCUGUGGCCAUAGCAUGCGGCCUCUUGCGCAAUUAAGCCGCCUUCUCCUUUGCAAACAAUCGGUACUACGAUGCGUCACAUGAAUUGCACGACACAGCAGCUAAGUCCUGCCUCAAUUCAAGUAAGUCAAUCAGCCUCACUUUUUGGGGCAGCCAGUUAUAAUCCACCAAUAGGAGCAAUAACACCGCCAAAAACUUCUAUUGAUGACGUAAACAUUUUACCAAUACGAGGCGUCCAAGAUAUCACUCCUAGAUGUCAGGCUUCUCCAGCUUCUCCUGACGCAUCAAUGGACCUUGACUUGGGAUUAUUAUGGAGAGAGCUGGCGGGAUUGCGCCUCGACGAGUUUUGUCGCCUUCAGUUGACCCGAACACGUUAAAUUUGUUUGUCGUUUGGAGGUUUGAGUUUUUAGUUUAUUUGUUACGUUGUUGCAUUUUAGUAACUAUUGUUUUUGGUUAGGGAAACUAAUCGUUCCGUUUUCGAUUUAGGCGCUAAAUGAAUUUACUAUACAUUCCGUAUGGUGUUGGAUGGUAAAUACGUUUUAUUUAAGACAACUGCCAACAUAGUUCUUUUUAAUGAUUCUAAUCAAUAAAAUCAUCAGUGAUGAUGAGAGUAGAUCAGUUUUCCCUUCCUUAAAUCAUUUGUUUAGUUAAAUAUCGUUAUGUUAUUAGUUUAUUACAAUUAUUAUAUGUUUGUUAGUUUGUAGUAGAAUUUCUUAAAACCUAUUUCUGCGUUACUGUAAGGGCAGAACUAUAGUUUAUAAAGCUUAUCGAUAAAAUAAAUAACAAUUUACUACGGUAUAUAUACACCAAAUGAUUUUUAUAAUAUUGAUUUUAUGAUACCAACAAUUUUUACAUACGUAAACCGUAAUUAGAGGAUUUGAUUGUGCGGAAAUCUCGUUCAAUUUUGAAACGGAAUUUGAUAUGUAGGAUAUAAUAGAGCAAUAAUCAAUAUAAUUUUUUUUUGAAAAAUGGUCAGAUGAUAUUGGUUUGCAUUUUUUCUAGUAAAGUUAAUUUGCAUCAGCAUAUAGUCUUUGAGCUUAUCUUCUAAAGGCAAUUAAUUAAUUUACGGAACAGCUUAAUGCAGAAAAUAUUUCUUAGAAUGCCAUACCGGAUGCGUAAAGCCAAUCCCUUGUGUAUGAUAUACAGAGCAUACCAUAUUCUGCAACGCGCAGGGUCUUGUCUGCCUUAAUAUUGCGUUGCUUUCUAGACAAAUGCCAGUGCGGUGCAGAGCAAAUUUAAAUUCGUGCAAUUUUCUGCUUAAUAACCUUAUGCUUUAAUUUUAAACAUGACAGGUGUCUUUAUUGCCAAAAAUAAAUUUCAAAAAUAUUUUAAUUUUGUUUUAAUUCACUUUUGUUUAAGUUUACUUAACUUCUUAAAUAGAAUUAAAAAAAAUAAUAUUUUAAAAUUGAAUUUAAAAUGUUAAUUUAAUUCAGUUGUCAAACUUAUUAUGAAUAAAUAUCAUUAAUUAUAAUUAAUUAAUAUUACAAGAUUGAUUCUAGAUCGACAAACAAACCUUUAUUAUAGACUCCAAAAUAAUUAUCAAUAACAGUUAAACAUUAAAAAACGUUAAAAAAAUCUAAUGUAACUUUGCCAAUGAGCAGGAAUUUUUAAUUUAUUUAGUGUUGCGAUGAACUUUGUAAUAGAAAAGGUACCUUCUGAACUCGGGUUCACUUUGAGUAUAUCCGCCACACGAUUAAAUUCCACUGCAUUUUAUUAAGUGCCUCAUCAAAGCGACUGUUGUUUUCCUGCGUAAAGUCUUGUACAUCCAUCAGUACAACCGUGGCCAAUUCUUCUUUUUCUUGUGUAGACAAAGUUGACUAAAUGUGCUAAAUUUUACAUUCUAAAGAGUUUGAAUCCAAUUCGGAAUCCAUAUUUUCAUAAAAUUCUUUUGGUGCAGAUUGUCCAACCGCAUGUUUUUUGUCAACUUGAUAAAUAGUAGUGAUUUCUUUUGCCUUAAAACACAUGUGCUUGUAAUCAAUUUGGGGCUUAGAACAUCUUAAAUUAGCAAAUUCUAAAAAUUUCCGUCAUCAACAACAAAAUCAACUAGCGCACAGAAUUAAAGGUUUUGCAUCUUUGCAAAACUAAAUCUUUAAAAAUUCUAAUAGACGCUUCGGUCUUAUUGUUACCCCUUGUAAUUAGAUCAGCUCUAUAUGAAAGACACCAUUCUUCUUUUCGAAACCGAAGUUUCUUUAAAUACAGUAAUAGCUCAUUAUUAAUUUGAGUUACAUCGCUAUUUAUAAAAACGUUGUAAAGUUCCUCGGCAUCUUCUGUGGUUUUUGCAAAAAGAACCUGUUUGAACAUUUCCAUAAUUCUUUUUUUUCAUUAUCAUUUUUUUGUACCUUAUGUUCAAUUUGCCAUAGCCACCUCCAAAAAGCUUGACAAAAAUGAAAUGUACAUAAAAGCAGGGUAGCAUUAGGAAAUAGUGCUGAUAAUGCAUUACGUUCCGCGGAACUAUCAUCAGUCAUAAACACUUUUGGACAAAACUGUUUAUAUUCCACUUCGAUUGCUUCAGUAGCCGCUGCAAAUGCCAAAGUGUAGUUAGCUUCUGUUUAAGCAGUAUAAAGAAUGCAGGCAACUGGUAAGGCCCCUAUUUUAUUAGAAGUGCAAAGAGAAAAGUGAGGCAAGUACUAGUUUGGUCACAUGAUCCACUGGAGUCCACAAAAAUCAUCUUAUUUGCCAUUCCCUCAGGAAAUUUACGACGCAUAAUUGGCGUCACGAUAACUACGAUGAAAGGAUCCUCCCUAAUAACUAAAUUAACUCCGAAUUCAUGCAAAACCACUUUGUUCUCUUUAAGAAUUUCAAUUGCUUCUUCACGGCUGCCGUAUUUACUGGUGCGCCAUUAAUCAUAUAAAUAUUUGACUGGUCUUUCUGUGGGAUUUUCUCUAGCAAUAGCAAGUAGAUAUAGCAUAUUUACAUUUAGGGAAGUGUUAUUACAUUCAGAUAAUUUCAUUUUAUGGUACACCCUAGCAGCAGAUGGCGACAUUCCGGAUAUAAAGCAAAACACGUAGAUAUCCAUAAGUUUCUGCUACAUCUGUUCUAUGGGAAUGAUUAAAUUUUUUUUUUAUUACAACGUUGAUCCCAUCUUUUAACGACAAAUCAUUUUCUUAAAUUUAAUGUCUAUUAACGCUUUACAGUUUUUGUCUCUAAUUCUACAGGAUUGUUUUUUUCUUAAAGUCACUUUGUUAACUGACGAAUGAUGGCGAACGAGACAUGCAUAUAACUUACGAAAUUCAUAGCGUGUUGCAUUUGGAAAUCGCCUUAAAAUUACCCAGUUUGUAUUAGUCAAGUGAAAAGUCUUUCAGCCAAUUAUCACAUUUUUCGUCUACUGUGUCCUUUUCUAACAGUUUACACUGCACCAAACAAACGAAUUCUUUACUGUUUCCAUUUAAUUGUAGUACGAGCAUGUCUUCGCACGAACCUCCUAUCAAACUUUACAAUUGAUCCAGAUUCAUUUUUUUCUUUCAUGACACCGAUUCAAUAAAAUAAAAUUUAGUGUCUUUUUUUGGGUUUGACGAGCAAAGUAAUUAGAGAAAUACUAAUUUUUCUGUUGCCGAUGUAUCGAUUAUUUUAACACAUCAGUCUCAAUAACACCACCGUACGAUUGUUUACAUUUUCGUAGCAUUAAACUAAUAAUAAUUAAUAAUACUAAUUGAAACAUAACCUCUAAUAGCCCUAUGUAAAACAUGUGAUAGCUAAACUAAUUUUCUUAAACGUUUUUUAACUAUAAGCGACGCUUGUCUGUAUCGUACUGGUAUUUAUCUAGCAAGCAACGCAAUAUUAAGGCAGACAAAAUCCUGUGCGUUCCAGAACACCUCAUGCUCCGUACUAUACAAGGGAUUGGCUUUACGCAUACCGGACAUUAUGGAAAUAACAAAAUGAUAAAAGAAUGAAUGAAUUUUGCAUAAUUUUAUUUUUUUAAAUUUAACUGUGAAAUUUCUAGCGAUUCUACAAACUGGAUAAUUUUCCCAAAAAAUAAUUAGAAUAUUUUUGCAUCAAUUGAAUCAUAUCUUUUAACUCAGCAUCCUUUGGUUUGAAAUUCUACUUAAUAUACUUACCGUUUAGUAGAAAUCCAUUACAUAUCGAUUGCAAGAAACUCUUAGUGAAUAUUUCUGGUCUGUUUUCAUUCCAACAACCGAUAAAUAUUUCUCAAACCUUUUGGUUCUAUAUCUAAUAAUCUCUGGCUACUUCAACCCACAAUAAUUUGAGUUUUUAAAAACUUUUCUGUUUAAUAUUUUUAUGAAAUUUUUGAACAAACAGUUGCCAGUGCUAAGAAUAUUAUAUAUAUAUAUAUAUAUUUAUAUAAUAUUCUUAGCAAAUUAUGACCGAAUAAAUCGACGGAUUAUUGUGACUUAAAAAAUGUAUAUAUAAAAGGUUAUGACUAUAGUUCUGCCAAUGAGUAAAGUUCGACGUUAUAUUAAAGUGAAAGUAAUAAUAUUUGUGAUCUAAUAAUACCAUUUUAAUUUUUUUGUCAUAACAUAUGCCAAGAAGGCAUCUUUUAGGACUUACUAAAAAUUGUUAAGCAUAAAAUACUGAUACAUUUUUUAAGAGUGAACCGAAGCAAUCCAUUUUUAUUACCCUUUGUACAUAAAUAUUUUGGUAAGCGAACAAACGAUAAUUUGUUUUAAAAUUUUUAUAUAAGGUGUUUAAAUUAAACUAAGGUUUACUAUGUAAGUUAGUGUGAUAACUUAGAUUUUAAAGUAACACAUAAAAUUUAGCCAUUAUACAUUUGAAGCUAUUAUAAAUAAUUUAGGCAUAUUUAGCAAGAUUACUUUCAAUUUUCGCGACCUAAUAUAACGUCAUUUUAAGAUUAUAGCACAUUUUAGGUUUCUGACUUAAGUUAUUUUGUUUAUUUAUAUAUAUAUUAGAUUUAAGUUAGUUAAUUUUUCCCUAUGUGUUUUGUUUGCACGUUUUAAAAGCUUAUUAGCCUAAUUUCUUUUAUUUAAUGUUAGGCUCAUUAAAAGCACCUUGAGUGAUAAGAUUUUACUUUGAGAAAAGAUAUUCUUAAGCUUUUAACGCGGCUAUAUUAUUUUACUGAUAUUUGAUUUCUGGCUAUCACAGAAUCCAUUAGUAAUUUUAAUAAUUAUUUUAAACAUUAGUUUUGUUCUUUUAUUUUCCUAGGGUUUUCACGUUUUCUCAUGUUAUUUGACAAACUACUGCUAAAUCUUUCUAUAAAGCACUUAAUAUAUACAUAAUUAUGUCCGUCGUCAGUUGUUCAUAGUGCUUAAAUACGUUUGUAAUUAGGCCUCACUAUUUAUACAAAGUAACUUAGAUAUUUGCCCCGGCUCUGCGAAAGUGACUAGAUUUAAAACUAGUCCAUGCCACGCAUAGAAUUGCCAAUUAUGGACUAGUAACUCUGUAUAUAUACGCAACGUUUAAUAACUGCUAUGUACUAAUACUUUAGUGAUAGAUUUUUAUACUAAAUGUUUGUACACGCGGAAAAGGUGAGAAAAUGGUAAAUGUUUAAAUUUUUUAGACUUGAGAUGCAGUUAUAUUAUUGAUUUAUAUCUUAUCGAUUUUUCAUAUCUUUUUAAAAGAUCCAUUAAGCCUGGUCUGGUGUAAAGAAACAUUAAAUAUAAAAUGUAUAGACAACUUUUUAAAAUAUGUUAAUUUUUUAGUAAUUUUGUUUCAAAUUUUCAAUUUGAAAAGGUUUGUUAUAAUACGACAUUUAAAUAAUAAUAAUUUAAAUUUAAAGAUAUAGCCCGUACCAAAUAAACUUCGAUGUACGUCACGUGUGACGUAAUUUAGCUGCCACCCAAACGCACAUUUUUGUGUGGCUAACUGACUAUAUAAAUUUAAAUUUCCUGCUUCUCAAUUCUGCUGAUAACAGAUGGCAUAAUGUUUUGUAUUUUUUAAGUAAGAUGUAUUUAUUUGCAAUUUGUUUAACGUAAUAUAUAUGUAUUUAAUUCGAGUUACUAUUAAGACAAGUUAUUAUGAUUUAUUAUUUUCACUUGCUGAAUAUGUUGAUUUAACAAACUUAAACGACGCUGAAUAUGUUACGAUUGAUGGCACGCAUUGAAACUAUUUGGAAGAGGUGAAUUAUAUAUAAAAUAUUUUCACAAUUUUUUGUGCGCUUUUUCUGAAUAAAUUUGUGAUAUUUAACCAGUUUCUUUACAUCAACUAGGGAUCAUUUCGAUUUGUUCUUUUAAUAUAUAUCCUAUACAAAAUGCUUUAGAUUUAUUAACUUUUAAAAGAUUUUAUAUAUACUGGAAAGUCUUCCCAUUUUGAACUGAAAAAUAGAAAAUACUGUUGGUUGGAUACAUUUAAUUUAUUUCUAAAUAAUAAAAUAAAAUAGUGUCAUACGCACCUUUUAUUCAUGUCAUGAAUGUCAUGCAUCGCUUGAUUCCUAAACUCUAACUUGAAAGGUUUACAUAUGACGCGUUAUAACAAUUUUAAAACGUGUUUAUUACUAAAAUAGAAUAAGUUAAUGUGACAAUAGACACUAUAAGGUUCUAUAGGUUAAGCACUCUUGGGAAUUAAGCAAAUAAUUGUUUAGAAUGAACUUCAAAAUAAUAUCUUUUUAGUAAAUGCCUGAUCAGUAACGUGUUUAUUUAAUAAUAUUUGAUCUAUUUUUCUGGUAAUCAUGCUUAAUACUAUCUCUAUUUCUUUAACAAAUAAACUUUACUUGUCUAAAAAAAUUAAUGAUAUUAAAAUUUGAUUAUAAAUAAACAUAAUAUUUAAUUUAUUUGUUAAAAGUGACUUAUUUCUUUUAAACAAAGUUAGUGUUUAUUAACACUUCCUUUCGAAUAAUUAGUCACAUACACUGCGUUCCAAAAUUAACGCAUAAAUUUAAAAAUUGCAUUCUUUUUUCGAAUGUUUUUUUGUCCUUCCAGCUCAUUUUUAGUCUUUCUAGUUUAAUUCAUAAAUAAUUAAAAUAAAAAUACACAACGUGUUAUAAUACCAAAAAAUAAAUAAAAUUAUUCUAUUACAAAAUAUAUAAAUUAUGACGGUUUGAUAACGAUCCCUUUUAUUGAUGAUUAUGGUUCUUUUUUAUCUUGUCCUAUCUGACCCCGAAUUGCUACUAAUUUCAAAUAAAAGUCAUUCGAGUUAUUUGGGGGUCUUGGCAGCUGUCGCAGUCGUCUCCACAUGUAGUCUGUUGGAUUGAUAUCCGGAUUUCUGGUUGGGAUAUCAAUUUCGGAUCCAUGCUAAGUAUUUGGACUUUUGCAAGGUACUUCUGUACCACCACAUUAUCUUUUAAAAUGUUUGUAAUGUACCUCUGUGCAGUAAGCCGUCCUCUAUCUACAAAUACUAAUUCUGUAUGGCGUUCUAUAUUAUUCCCGCCUGACACCGCCCAUCAUUACUGACCACUACCAGAACUAAAGGUUUCCACUAUAUUGUAAGACGCAUAUCGUUCUCCUAACCUUCGGUACACUCUAUUACAUCUAUCGUCAGAAAAAAUACAGUAUCACUGGUGAGUAACGGAAUAGUAGCUGCUCCAGCAGGCCUCAUAUUGGUCUUUGCUAGCCUUCUUCUAAUUGUGUUUUGACUUAAUCUAAAAUUGGAGCGCUUCAGGAACUUAUUUUGUAAAGAAGUGCUAGACACAAAACAUGGCCUCAAGGUACCAAUUCAUAAAAAUCGGUCUUAAACUAAGGUUGUAACUCUUUCACGACGUCUUAGUCUUUUAAUGUGCCAACUUAUUCAAAGCGCUGGAGAUGGUUGAGUUGUUGACAUUAAAUCUUUUAGUAAGCUAAAUUUGGGUAUUCUCUUCUUCCUGAAGAGAAACAACUUAGUCAGCUUCUGACAAAUUGUGGUUUUCUCGUUGCGGCAGAUUCAUUUUGCAAGAACUCAUUUAUGUAAAGUUAAAGUUGAAGAAAAAGGCAUGAAAUGCUCAAUGGAGAAAUGUGAAUUUAAACACUUUUCAUCUUUGUUCUGGUUUUCCCUGUAAAAAGGUUUGCGUUUAUUUACAAUUCAUCAAAAAUCAACCGUGAAUAGUCCAAUUUCAACAAUACAUGUAAUUCUACGGUUUCAGAAAUAUUUUAAUUAAAAUAUUUAUGCGUUAAUUUUGUAGCGCAAUAUAUUCGAAAAUUUGCAUUAAAGCCCUUUUGUCACACGAACCAUUUAUAUUCUAGUAAUAAAAUAAAUAUUUAAACUUACAUAUUGUCCAACCAAGAUGCAUUGUCUCAUUGAAAAGACUCAUAUAUAUAUUUUUUUUUUAAUAAUUUACAAAAGCAUUUUGUAUACAAAUAUCUACGCAUAGGUGACAGCCUUUUUAGAAACGGACGUACAAAUAUCUCAGAAGCCGCUCACAGUUAAAAAUAAUAUAUCUCGCAAAUACCUCUAAAAAGAAUUUAGUCAGAAAGUAAGUAAACUGCUGGUCAAUUAUCAUUACUUACUAUAUUUACUACAAAAGCUAAUAUAUUUUAUAUAACUCCUAAAAGUGAUUUGAUCAAUUAAUUAAAUAAAAGGAUUUAAUUAGUUUCAAAUUCUUAAGUUUUUUUAAGCAAUACUCCAAUCUGAAAUUACUUCAUUUACAAAUAAUAAUCGAACAGCAAUUUACAUCUAAAAUUAUAUUUAAAGCUUAAGAAAUCCAUUUAAAAAUAGACAAUAAGACAGUUAGUGAGCUCUCAAUAGUUUAUUUUUAGGUUUCUUCAAUUUUAUCAAACAAAAUAUUUUUUUUUAACCUUUUUUUAUAUAUAAAGCUUUAAAUAUUAUUUUAGAUUCUUUAUCAAAUGUGGCAAAUAUAGGAAAAUGCUUUGAGUACAAACCGUUCGUUAUUUUUGCAAAUUUUAUAAUAAUAUCUAUAUAUUUAAUUAAUCGUUAAUAUGAAUAAAACAAUUCUUAUUCCCGUUUAGUCAAAUUUUGUUUCUAUUUGUGUUUCGAUCGUGUUAAAUCUUUAUUAGCCAAACAAAUUCUAGUAUACAAUUAGUUUAAUCUUUUGAUUUUCUAUUAAGGGUUGGAUAAAAAUUUCAAUUUAGUUAUUAAAACAAGCAUGUCCAAACAAUUUAACCAUUAACGACUAAAGAAAAUAUUUUCAGAACGCGACAAUAAUAUUUUAUUUUCAAGCAAUAUUCAAACAUUUUUAUGGAAACCAGCCCUUAUUAUAUAUUAUAUUAAUUAAAAUAGAAAAAUGAAAAAUUAUCUGUUAUAAUGAAUUAUAUUUUGAUUUUAUUUUAGAAAAUUGUUGUACUUGUAAAGCUUAUUUGAUUGGGUACUCAUCUUCAUUAAUUUCGGAGAAGUCAACAAAAAAAUAAACUUUUUGACAACAUUGUAACUUUUUGUACAGCGUAAAAUCGAUCUAAUUUGCACUUCUCCAAAGCUAAUGUAAUAUUUGUGCAGAUAUAAAAUUUGAUAAUUUUUAAUUAAAAAUCGAAAUCUCUAAGUAAUAAAAAAGUUGUUUGCCGAAAGAAUUGUCUGUCUGAGUUAUAAUAGUUUUAUUAUUAAUUUAAUGAUAUUUCCCAAGAUAUUUUAAAAUGUACACGAUAUGUAUGUUUCAAGGGCUCCUGAGGUCUUAAAACAUUCGGAGGAUUUUAUAACUCUAGAAACUAGAUUGUAAAAUUUUCUAACUUUUUGCCUUGGAUACCUUAAAAAAACGUUAUCAUUCUUGAAAAUUUUUAAUUUUGUUAGCUCGUAAUAAUCUGUUAUUAUUUAUUUUUGCUUAAAAGUAUUUCAUUGUUUUAAAAAGACUUUAAGCAGAUUCUGUAGACCUGUUAAUUGUUUUACCGCCCAUUAUUUUAGCGUUGCCCACAAUAUAACAAUUUAUGUAUAAAAAUAAUCACAUUUGCUAUGUGUGAAGUUGAAAUUGCAUAUUGCUAGUUUCACUUAAUCAGAAAAUACUUUAUAUUGGGUUUGAAAAGUGCAAUAUUAAAAUCUAUUACCAUAAAAACUAUAAAUUUUUAAAAGACAUUUGUACCCUAUCAAAUAGUUUUUGGUUUUAAAUUAAUAUACAAUGUGUACCUUAAAUUUAAAAUAAGUUAUUUUAUCUUAUUUUCCGUUACAUUUGCCUUACUAUACUAAUCCUGAUAAAUACAGUAUCACACAGCAACUAUUAUGACAUAGACGAUAUUUUUAUUAUCUCUAUAUAAAAAUGUAUGUGUGUAAAAAUUUAGUUUUGAUUAUUAUUUAUUUAAUUAUUCAUUGCUUGGUAUUGCUUCUGUCAUAAUCAUAGCACCUACAUAUUUACAAAAUAUUGGCUUUAUAUUAUCAGAGCCGCAGCUCAAGCUUAUCCUUUUAUUAUCAGGCCUAUUUUAGUCAUCGGUCUAUUAAAGACAACCAUUUUUUUUAAACUGUAAAUAUCAAUGUAGUUAAAUGUGUUUCCUUUGGUACUAUGUAAAAACAAUAUCGAUUAGAUGUGAUGUUAGAUGGUAUUCGUUAUAAGGUAAUAUUUAAUCUAUGUAUCUUUAAAUGUACGAACAGUUUUUCCGAAUCCAAUUCAAUAGGCAGUUUUAUGUAAUAAAUAUCAGUUGAGCGUGAAAAAUCGUGUACUCGUAAGUAACAUACACCUCAUUCAAUGCAUGAGUUAUUGUAAAAAUAUUUUUUAUUUACUUAAUUCUAACUGUUUUUUAAUUUUUAUUUGUUCGUAUUGGUUUUAUUUUGAGAAUAUUUCACCGACCUAAUAAAAACUGCUUGCUACAUUAAGAUGUAUAACCUUAAGUGUAAAUAAAUGUGUUAAAAAGUGACACGGGCACCAAAGCUGGUGCGAGGACCAAGUGACUGUAAGAGCUGUUCUACAGCUAACCGACCUGUUAUUGGAAGAUAUCUGUAGUCAGCACUGAGUUAAUCAGCAGUUAUUCAUAAUAAUAGGACUACGAAGAGAUAAACAAAGUUUAAACGAGUUCAAUCUCUCACUGAGCUGUGCUCUUUCACUUUUAAAAUACUCGUCAUAUUAAAACAAAGCAAUUGCCUUUGACUAAUAUUCCUUUAUAACAAAAGCAAUAUUCUUUUCACGACAAAUCUUUAUAAUAAAUACAUAUAAAGGGUCAUACACCUUUUUAAGUUUAAUGAAAACCUGAAUUGCAUAUGUCACUUUGAAAAGGCAUGCUAUAAAAUUCAAUUUUUUAAAUAAGAUAACACUUAUCUACCAUUAACGUAGCGGAGAGAAAAAAAUUGUUUAAAAGCCUUAGACCAAAGUAUAUUUUACUUGGCGAAAGUUUCAUGCAAUUUAUAAAAUCGAAAGAUGGCAAAUUACAAUAAAUUUUGGUCUAAUAAUUUCCAAACCAGUCCUUUUUUCUGCCAAAGUAUUUUGGAUAGAACCUAAUUUUUCUUUAAUAAUAAAGCAUUAAGUAAUUUUUUCUUUGCGCCUACUUUUUAAAAUCAGGGUAACAAUCAUACAAUUUUUUUUAUUUUAAUGUGAAAAUUGUACUUAGUUGUAGUUGAAUUGCUUGCUGUAAUGAGUGGUAGAUGCGUAUUUUUGCUUGUUGGAACCAUAUAUAUAUUUACUGCCAAUCAAGAAAAAAUACUUUAAUUUUUUUACGUCAAAUUUACUCUGAUAACUUUAAUAUCAUCUAUUUGCAGAUAGAUGGGAAGAAGGUUGGGAAAAAAAUAUUUGAUAUUAUAGUUAUUAAAUGACUUUAAAUGAGUAAAAUUUGGUAGACUUUAAAAAUUUAGGCUUAACGAAUUGUCGACAUUUAAAACAUUUUGUGAUAUAUAUUUUUAUACCUAUUAGAAUUUAGAUUUAAAUUAAUAAGUUUUUCAAAAUUACCGUAAUGUUGAGAAAUUGGCUCAAGAAUAGCAGGAUUUAAAAUAUCCUGUAAAAUAAAACCAAUGACUGGCAAUUAUUGUUAGGGAACUAUGAGUGAUAAAAUUUUGAUAACAAAAACAAAGAAAUUGUAAAAAAAGAAAAAGCGUUGGCUAUGAGAUAUUUUAUUAAAAAAGCUGCGAAUAGUAUACCAUUUUUUACAAUAUUAAGAUAGGAGUUACACCUCUGUAGUUUGUAAGUUGCUUUUAAUAUUUUAGGUAAGAUUCUUACGGUUGGAUUUCUUGCUUGGCAGAAAUGGUCUUUAUUACCGCAUGUGAGUGAUUGACAGAACAAUUCAAAAAAAAGUGCACGAUUAAGCUUAUUUCUGAUCUUUAAUCGCUACUGUCUAAUUUAGUAGUUGUGCGUUAACGAAUCCACAUUCCUAUCAUAAGUUAAAUAAUUCAUCUCAAUAGGAAUAUUUACGCGCCUAUUUACAUCAUCUAUUCUAUACAUUAUAAAAUAAGUCAAACCUACAUACGUAAGUUUCACCUAUAAAGGUAUAGAAAACUCAGCAUUACUGCCAUACAGUUUAAAUAUGAAUAAUAAUAUAUGGCAAAUUACAUAUACUAUAGGCAUAAUAUUAAAAUAUAGCUGGUAAGUUUGUCCACCAGGUAGGUGGCAGUAGCUUCUUGUUGAGAAUCUAAAAUAGGUAAUUUGUAAACAUUUAUUUGUAAUCAAUCUAAAUAAAUUUUUAAUAAAGUAGUUAAGGUUAUACCAGAAAUUCUAGACAUUUACAUGUAACAAAAGCACAAUUACACCAAGACUGCGAUACGCAACACAAUUACCUCUCAACAAUAUUGCCAAUAUUAUUCGACGUUGCCAAAUAUUAGGUUUUUAUUACCAAACCUACCAAAUUUAGGCAUACCUCUUUUAAAUCCACGCCCAUUGUUCUGUUUGUCACCACGUUAUUUUUUAUCGGAGUACAAAUUUUCCUUUUUUUAAACUAUUUCUAUAAAAUUGUAUACUUAAAUAAUCAUUGAUGUUGUAGUUUUUUGUAACUGCUCCUAUUUGGGGAUAUAUUUAAAUCAUAUUAAGUAGUUUUUACAUAACGGUUAAAAUGCUCCCUAUAUAUUUUCAAUUAAACCGUAUUAUUAUUACGUGGUAGUUCGAAAAUAUCGGUUUUUCUGAUACUUCAUGAGAUCAAUAAAACAAUGAGUCUUUGAUAAUGUUUCUUCUUUACUUAUCCAAAGAUUGAAUGGAGAAUAAACAUAAAACUAGGAAUUUUUUUUUGUUCUCUAUGAGGUCAUACUCAAGAUAUACUUACUGCAUAUUUUUAAUAGACACAAAUUGAAAGAAUGUGUCGAAAGUCGAAAUACCUGUAGAGUAAUUUAAAAAAAAAUAGCAUUUUUAAAAUAAGUUUAA